AGUAAAUCCAAGGGUGGAGAAAAGAGAAGACGAAGGACGCGCGUUCCCGGGCUCGUGACCGCUGGCUGCGCCGGGAAUCCGCGCCCGGCAGCCUUGGAGAGAUGGCCAGCGGCGGGGACCGGCGCGCGGUGGGCACCCUCCACCUGCUGCUGCUAUUGGCCACCUUGUCCCCUGCGAUCCUGGGCGCCGUAGCCUGGACCGAGGAGAAGAAUUAUCACCAACCAGCCAUUUUGAAUUCGUCAUCUCUUCGGCGAGUCGCAGAAGGCACCAGCAUUUCUGAAAUGUGGCAAAAUGACUUAAGGCCCCUGCUGAUAGAACGGUAUCCUGGAUCCCCUGGAAGCUUUGCUGCUCGCCAGCACAUCAUGCAGAGAAUUCAGAGACUUCAAGCUGACUGGGUCUUGGAAGUAGACACCUUCUUGAGCUGGACACCCUAUGGGUACCGGUCUUUCUCCAAUAUCAUCAGUACCCUCAAUCCCACUGCUAAGCGCCACCUGGUCCUCGCCUGUCAUUAUGACUCCAAGUAUUUUCCCCAUUGGGAAAACAGGGUGUUUGUGGGAGCCAUAGACUCAGCUGUGCCAUGUGCAAUGAUGUUGGAACUUGCCCGGGCCUUAGACAAGAAACUUCUCUCUUUGAAGAAUAUUUCAGACUCCAAGCCAGAUCUCUCACUCCAGCUCAUUUUCUUUGAUGGGGAAGAGGCAUUUCUUCACUGGUCUUAUAGUGACUCUCUGUAUGGGUCUAAGCACCUAGCUUCGAAGAUGGCAUCGACCCCACACCCACCUGGAGCGAGAGAUACCACCCAGCUGCAUGGCAUGGAUUUAUUGGUUUUAUUAGAUUUAAUUGGAGCUUCAAAUCCAACAUUUCCCAAUUUUUUCCCAAACUCUGCCAGAUGGUUUCAAAGACUUCAAGCAAUUGAAUAUGAACUCCAUGAAUUAGGUUUGCUCAAAAAUCACUCUUGGGAGUCACAGUAUUUCCAGAAUCAUGGUAAUGGAGGUGUGAUUCAGGAUGACCAUAUUCCAUUUUUACGAAAAGGUGUUCCAGUUUUACAUCUGAUAUCAUAUCCUUUUCCUGAAGUCUGGCAUACCAUGGAUGACAAUGAAGAAAAUUUGGAUGAAGCAACCAUUGACAACCUAAACAAAAUCAUACAAGUCUUUGUGUUAGAGUAUCUUCAUUUAUAAUAUUCUGGUUUUGCUUACGGUACCUGCAUCUAGUAUUGCUUUCAGAAACCAAAGUGCCAUUUCAAAUAAUCUGACUGCAGAAAAAUGCUGUGUGGAAACAUCUAUCCUAUAGAAUCAAUCUGCAGGUUCUAAACUGAUCAUUAAUUUUUAUCUAGAGAUUAAAGAAAGGUAAAUAUUUAGGAAAACAGAAAAUAAAUAUCUUUUCAAAAAUUCUCUGGAUAAGAAAUUAUGAAACCAAAUCAGAUUCAGAUAUUUAGUAUUAUGGUCUAAACAGUACUUAAAUAUGAUGGUGAUGUGCAAUGUGUAGUUUUAGCUUUAAUUUUUUUUGUACUUGGGAAUCUAUUGCAUGUAACAAAGAAAUGUAAGAUGAAAACUCUUAAAUUUCUUUGAGAAAUAAUUGUAGUGUUUAUUUCAUGGAAAAUAAAUCAGAAUUGAA